AUGAUUGCAUUAAGGAUUUUUGCCCAGACAAGCCUGAGGCCCUUGUCUACCGGUGUUAAAGUACAGGCCGCGCCGUUUUCAACAUCCACCUUUCAGUAUGCUUCAGCGUUGAAGACUGCUAAGAGGGCCAAGGCCAUGAAAAUCAAACAGAAGAAUGAAAUGAAGCAAUCGCAAAAGGCUAUGAGGACUGAUAAGGUGGAUCCUGUGCUGGGGAAAGCCGAAAACCCUUUUUUGGUGCGCUUGAAGGCAGAACUUGCCGAGCCGGAAGUACUCUCAAAAGGAUUUGAAACGUCAGACGUCCAAAAAUUGCUCUUUGGAGCUGAACAGGCAGUUCUUGUUUUGAACGAAAGACAAAUGGGAUCCAACGAGGUGAUAGCAAACAAGGUGAAGCUGAACGAGCAGAAGAAGAGAUUGGUGAUUUCCAGAGUGUUGUCCAUGAAGAACUCAAACAAGGUUGAGCAGACAAAAUUCGCCACCAAGCUGGCUCGUGAGGAGUUUGCCAGAUUUCCAGGCGACACUGGAUCCUCCGAGGUGCAAGCCGCGAUCUUGACUGUUCGUAUUCAUUCGUUAAUGGAUCAUGUCAAGAGCAAUCCAAAGGACCUGGACGCUAUCAGAGACACGAGGAUGUUGGUACAGAAGAGACAAAAGCUCCUGAGAUAUCUCAAGAAAGAGGAUGCGCAGAAGUACUUCCUGGCAAUCGAGAAGCUGGGGUUGAGUGACGAGGCCGUCAACAAUGAGUUCAACAUGGAUAGAAGGUACAUGCAAGACUUCAGUAUCUGGCCAGGCAGAGUGAUGGUGAAGGAGUCCAAGAGAGAUCUGGAGGAGAGGAAGUUGAUUAGACGUACAAGAAAGAAGGCAGUGAGAGCUGCUCUUGCGUCCAAGGCCGUGUAA